CAAGGCUUUGCUAGAAAAUACCAUUUGCUGCGUUUGACGUGUGCCUCUGUAGAGCACGGGCACACACUCCGUCUCCUGCGCUGGGCCGGACACUGCUCUUUUCACUGACGCCGCAGGCAUGCCAUCAUCGAAGGUAGCAGGCGUCAGCGUCCUUACUCCGGGCUACUUUUCCUUGCUUCAGAGCCUCUGCUCAGGAAGCGGGCCAAACUUUAACGAUGUCACCGCUAUAUUCAAUGAAUUCCGCCAUUGCCUGGGUGGCGGAACGGCCAUUCAAUCUUCGACGUCAUCGUCACCAUCCUCUUCUCGUGCUUCCAGCAAACGUGGCGAAAAGUCCGGUAGUGGCAGUCCAGGCGGUAGCGGUGACGUCGGAUUCGACCGUUCCUGUACAUGGGAGCCAGACGAAAAGCCCUGCUGGAUCAUGUCGGACUUGGACCGGUGGAACCACAUUCUCUCCCGUGACUGCCUCGAACUCCGUGAGCACAAGUGGGGCGAGCUUACGCUGCAGGGGUACCGGUGGCCUGAAAGCCCGCCGAAACGUCGGGACAUGCUCUGCGCCUCGUUUCUCAUCCACGUGCUACUGCGGCAACACAGGUGCGUGACGUACAUCAUUUUGGACAUGGCUGUAAUCAUGCUCGAAAGGCGCGUCCUCUGGCAUGCCCUGAGGACUGGCGCCGCGGGUGUCAAGUUAAUCGAAUUCAAGCCCUCUGUUAUUGAUAUACUCUGCCAGCUGUCUUUGCCGAAGAAGAGCGCUUGGUCCCGGGCGGUAGUCGGCCUGACAAAUCUCAACCACCUAUGCCUCUCCAGCGUCUACUUCUGCGCUGGAGUCGCCCGUACGGUCGGUGGCUACGUAGAGCAGGCCACAGCUCUCCACACAAUCAUUUUCAUUGAUGUUAGGGCGGCUGACACGGAUGCUGCAGUGUUCCUGGACUGCCUGUCUCGCAACCGGAGCGUGAAGUCCCUGUGCGUGCAAGAAGCCUUCCUGACAGCGCGGGAGGGCCGGGCUCUCGCAGACGUCGUCCGAAACCACGUGUCCCUUCGUGAUCUAAAGGUGACGGGCACCCUGGCUUGCACUCCUUCGGCCCUGCUGGAAGCGGUGGUGCAGAGUCCAAGUCUGACUUCGCUGUCGGUGCGCACUUGCUUAGUUCGGGCCCAGGACAUUGAAGCUAUGGCCGCAGCGCUGAUGCUGCGCCCGUCCUGUUCCAAGUGUGGCGGCGACGUGACGCUGGUGGCGCCAUCUUUGCCAACAAGCCGCCUGGAGAGCGUCGCCUUCUACGAAUGCGCGGGCACCGAGCCCCGUCUAGAACAAGCAUACGCAGAGCUCAUUGGAGGUAUCCUGGUAAAGCUAACAUUGUUCAAAUGCUGGCUUGGAGAAGCGUUCGCGGUGGCAGCCGCAGCCAAUCUGCUCUCUGACACCCGGCUGCAAGAGCUCAACCUGGAAGACAACGAGUUCUCCAUCGGCGCCGUCUACAACAUGAUAGCGACGCUGGAGGUGAACAAAACGCUGGACACGCUGGUCGUCAACAUGACAGGCAGGCCACCCCAGAGCGAGGUCUCCUUCUUGUUCCACCUGAUGCGGACAAUCGAUGCCUUCUCCCGACUAAAAUUCGACUGGGUCAACCCUCGCGGAUCGGACUUCGCCGAGGGCGUCCUUUCUUCCCAAACGAGCUCCGUUACCCGGAGCUUGGACGAGCGCGGAGCCGAAGACGCCACGGAGUUCCUGGACGCCCUCGCCACAACUCGAAACAUUGGCGUCGCAUGGCUGGAAUGUACAAUAAGUGCGGAACAAACGGUGAUUCAAAAGCUGAUCGACACUGUCGCCAGGACCAAGUACCUGAGGAAAGUACUGCUCAUGUAUCGCGCACGGAAGAACUCGCGAAUACUCAGAAUUUUCUAUUGA